UUAAACAUCCAGAUGUCAGAGAGACUUUUUCUGUCUUAUAAAUAGUAUCGAUAGUAUCUUUUGGGUCCAAGAUAGGAUUAGAGGUUGUUGUCCCGUUUAAUAAACUCUUUGAAAUUUAAUAAGUUACAAAUGGGUCAAAAUGGGAAGAAUGCUAUACCAAUAUCCGAAGCUUUGGCAAAAACAGGAUUUGGUAUCUUCAAUUACGUCCUAAUCAUUCUCGGUGGAUUGCUGAUGACAUGUACCUAUUAUGAAACAGCUUUAGCUAGUUUUAUACUUCCAGCUGCAGGAUGUGACUUAGAAUUGACAAACCAAGAAAAAGGCAUAUUAUCAGCUAUUGGAUAUAUUGGUAUUAUAGUCAGUUCACAUCUUUGGGGAUUUCUAGCGGACACAAAAGGUAGACGAUAUGUUAUUUUACCUGCAGUCUUGAUAAGUUCGACAAUAUCUGUAUUGUCAAGUUUUUCAAAUACAUUUUGGUUGCUUGUUCUUCUAAGAUUUUUAAAUGGAUUUUUUGUUUCUGGUUCAUCAGCAACUGUCUUUGCAUAUGUUGGAGAGUUUCAUACAGGUCACUCAAGAACUCGUGCAGUAAUGGCCUCGGCAUCUGUAUUGUCUAUCGGAUGUAUUCUAUUGCCCGUUUUGGCUUGGGCAAUAGUUAAUCAGAGUUGGUCUUUUCCAAUGGCUUUACUUGGAGUAGUCUACAAACCGUGGAGACUUUUUAUUGUAGCUUGUGCAUGUCCAGGAGUUCUAUGUGCAAUUAUUAUAAUGUUUUACCCCGAGAGUCCAAAAUUUCUCAUGUCCAUUGGCAAGAAUGAGGAAGCUCUUGAAGUUUUAAGAAAAAUGCAUAAAUGGAAUAAAGGAAGUGGAGAUUUCCAAAUACGUGAAGUUAUUUCUGAUGAAGAUACAUCAUUGGCAAAUGCAAAUAAAGCUUCAAACAAAAGUUCCAGUUUUCUAGCAACUUUCUUCCGAACAAUGUGGAGACAGACAGCACCACUUUUUCAAAGGGGCUUACUCCUCUCCACUGUGCUUUCUUGUACAAUACAAUUUUGGAUUUAUGUCACUCUCCAUGGAAUGUUUAUGUGGUUUCCCUACACAAUUCACAGUAUGGUGGAAUUUAGGAAAAAUAAUCCAGGCAAUUCGUCGAGUGUUUGUGAUGUUAUUUAUGCUAAGCAGUUUCAGUUGGAAAGCGAAUUACAAAAUGUUGAUGAUGUCAAGGAUUGCAAUGAAAAAUUUGAAAAUCAAACUUUUGUUUUCACAAUUAUGAUGGAAUUUUUCUAUGGAAUGGGAUUUGUUAUCAUUGGUUUUUUGGUUCAUAGGGCUAAAAAAACUCAUAUCCUUUUUUUUGUACUGUUUGUCUUUGGAAGUUGUGGAAUUUGGAUACAUUUCAUCUACAAUACAACUGUAGCCUUAAUUGUUUACCAAAUGCUGUUUCUAGCUGGAGUCGGAAUUCAAGUUAUGAGUGAAAUAACAGUAGAUUUAUAUCCAACAAAUCUUAGAGGUAUGGCUCUUUGUAUUUCUUUGAUGUUCGGUCGAUUGGGUGGUGUUUUCGGAGCAAAUUUUGUUGCUUGGCUUUUGGCAACAAAUUGCGAGAUGACUUUCAAUAUUGCUGGAGCAGGUCUCAUGAUAUCGGGACUUUUAACAUUUUUCAUACCAAAAGUAAAACCUUUUGAGAAAAAUGCAAUCAACGAUGCGUAGUAUUAAUUACAAUUAGACCGAUUUUAGAUUAUAUUAAUCUAAGUUAGACCUUAGUUUUAAGUUAUAAAUGGUUUUGUAAAAAUAAAGUUUUUUUUUCAUAAUUUCA